GCGUGAGAGUCUAGAGCUAGACAGUUGUUUCUAUGGUUUGAAUACUCAAAGCUAACCAGGUUAUAAAAAUUAUCAAACAUUUGUUUUCCAUUUGAAAAUAGUAAUUAAUAAGAAAUAAAGUUUCCAAAGAUGUCGACAGACUUUUACAUUCGCUACUACGUGGGGCAUAAAGGAAAGUUCGGACACGAGUUCCUGGAGUUUGAAUUUCGGCCCGACGGCAAACUACGUUACGCGAAUAAUUCCAAUUACAAAAAUGACACGAUGAUUCGGAAGGAAGCUUACGUUCAUCAGUGCGUGAUGGAGGAGCUGAAGAGAAUAAUUCAGGAUUCCGAGAUAAUGCAAGAGGACGAUUCUCUGUGGCCUCAGCCCGACCGAGUUGGACGGCAAGAGCUCGAAAUUGUCAUUGGUGACGAGCACAUUUCCUUCACCACCUCCAAGACCGGCUCUCUCCUCGACGUCAAUCAGUCAAGGGAUCCUGAAGGUCUUCGUUGUUUUUAUUAUCUCGUCCAAGAUCUCAGGUGCUUGGUUUUCUCGCUUAUUGGACUUCACUUCAAGAUCAAACCCAUAUAGUUCCUUGCUGUGAAUAUUUUGUAAACAACGCCGGGCAAUUGACAAGUUCACCUUUUCUAUACAUUUCAUUACAAAUCUUUCUUUGUAUUAGACACGCGCUUCUCAAUUGAACCCAAAAUAAUUAUGUCAUUUUCAUCGCAAGACUUGAAUAAAUUAUUAUUUUCUACGCAAAUAAGUUUAUAAAAUUUGACGAUUUUUCAGUUGUGUUACUUCAAAAAUUUCUAACCUUUAAAAUCUAGAUUUCGAGUUUGAAAGUUGAAAAAGGUUUUCGCUGGUUUGUACAUUUACUUUGCAAAUAAAGAAUUUAAAACAAA